AUGCCUCCCGUCGCUCCCCCUCGAACGUCUUCGACGAAUUACUCGGGUGCCACCACUACCACUACCUCGAAAAGACGCGAUCACACAACAGAUAAGGCCGCCUCGUCACCGCGACGCGGUCAACCAGACGGCACCAACGGCAAUGCCGAUCACACCUACAUAGACGACGCUGCUGGCUCACGCAGCAGAAGAUCACAUCAACAAAUGACACCCGACUCACCUCACCGCUCGAGUGGCCGCCCGGGAAGCCAGCCGACGGUCAUCCCUGUUCGAUCCAGCGCUGCCCCGCAGACGACCGCGUCUCCCAAGCAGCCGACGCGAGAGGGUAGCGAAGUCCUGAACAGAAUGGUAGUAUCUCAACCAGAGGUUGACUUCGCCCGCGAGAAGGAACGGUUGGCAGAGGCCCAACCUCAGCGUGCUGCUUCCUCCCACGAUGACGCCGCACCACCCCCCAUCGGUAUGUCCGAGCACGACGACGGCAGACGGGGAGGCAGAAGUAGGCACGACCAUUCUGGGAAGCGCGACAAGGUCAUCAAAUUUGGCGAUUACAUCCUGGGAAACACCAUUGGCGAGGGCGAGUUCGGAAAAGUCAAGCUUGGCUGGAAGCAAGAUGGCGGUGUACAAGUCGCCAUCAAAUUGAUCAAGCGAGACAGUGUUGGCAACAACCCCUCUAGACUGGCCAAGAUCUAUCGCGAGAUUGCCAUUUUGAGAGGCAUCUCUCAUCCCAACAUCGUUCGCCUCCACGAGAUGGUGGAGACCGAGAGACACAUCGGCAUCAUUCUCGAGUACGCCUCUGGGGGUGAGCUGUUUGACUACAUCUUGAAUCAUCGCUACCUCAAAGACAAUGCCGCGCGUAGACUUUUCGCGCAGCUCAUCUCCGGUGUCGGGUACUUGCACAAGAAGGGCAUCGUGCACCGAGAUCUCAAGUUGGAAAACCUGCUUCUGGACCGGAAUCGCAACAUCAUUAUUACCGAUUUCGGCUUUGCGAACACGUUCGAUGCGGACGAAGAACUUUCCGAGGAUGAGGAGCUGAACCUCGGCGACCGCGAGUUUGUCAAGAAAUUGGGACUCGACAGAAUCAAGACCAAUGGCACAAGAAAAGGCGACCUGAUGCAAACGAGCUGCGGUAGUCCUUGCUACGCUGCUCCUGAACUUGUUGUCAGCGACUCACUCUACACCGGCCGCAAGGUUGACGUCUGGAGUUGCGGUGUCAUCUUGUACGCCAUGUUGGCAGGCUACCUUCCCUUCGACGACGAUCCAGCGAACCCUGAAGGUGACAACAUCAACCUUCUGUACAAGUACAUCGUCAAUACCCCUCUUACAUUCCCCGAAUAUGUUACCCCCCACGCUCGAGACCUUCUCAGACGAAUCCUUGUCCCCAACCCCAGAAAACGAGCGGAUCUUUUUGAAGUGGCUCGGCACAGCUGGCUGAGCGAAUACGCCCAUGUUGUGGAAUUUAUUACGAGCAGUACCACGACGCCUAACCAGAUCCAGAACACCACAGUGCCCUCUGAGGAGGCAGAGGCACCUGGUAUCGCACGCAGUGCCUCCGUUCGCGAAUCGUCCAAGACGAAGGCCAACACGCCAACUUCAGUGGGAGGGCUUGCCAGCAAGCAUGCAAAGAUCGACGCCGACGCAGAGGCAGCAGCUGUUGCGAAGCAGCAAAGAGACAACAAGCGCCGUACGGUCCAGGUCGAGUAUGUCGCGCCAACGACGCAGACACAAAGAGGAGAGACUUCGGCAGGAAGCAAAUCACGGGCACGCCCGAGCAGCCAGGGUCCUGUGGAGAUUGCCGAAGAGCAGGCCGUCGCAGAGAAGCCUCUUCCGAGAGACCCCCCUGUCUCAAGAGAUUCCUACAGGUCCAGCAGACAAGGAACCCGCCCACCGAGCGCACACCGAAACCCCGCAGCCCCGGCACCGACAAGACCGACUCGCGAUACUCGUGCGACCUCCGACAAUGCAUUUGUCUCCUCAGCCUCGAACCCCGCCCCCGCCCCCGCGGCAAGACCUCAGACCGGAGGCUCAAUUGCAUCAGGCUCCAUGGGGCUGGGAGCUGGUGCUCGUGGAUCGUACGGCCAACCAAUCCCCCCGGCCGUCGCAGGUACUAAUGCUCAGGGAAGGAUACAACAACCCAGCACCCAAGACGCUCAAGCUGUUGGACGGCCCAGCGCCGGUGUACCGGCCAAGUUCGCCAAAGUUGCUGGAUUCCCAGAACAGCAGCCCCCGCAGAGUCAGACGCCGUCUCAGUCGAGCGACGGCAGAGGCCACGGGCACAAGCGAUCAAAUACUAUCGGUGACCUUGGAUCGAAACUGCUUGGGCGAAACGGGUCUAUUUUCGGUGGUAAGAACCGCAGCAAAAGGCCUGAUUCGCAAAGCGCAAGUCGGAAAUACCCUCCAGUCAGCAUGCCUAACAACAUGCCGGUUGAGGGCCAGCCACGUCCUUCGAUAGACUCAAGGGCAUCCAGGCGGUCUUUCUCCCUGGGUCUCGGAAAGAAGCGGAGCGGUAGCAUCGCUGGCUCUCAAACUUCUCACGAGAAGCCCAACAGGCGCUUUUCCCUCAUCCCGCCAUCGUUCUCCCUGAAAGCUAUCGGCCUCGGCAGAGACUACGACCCACCACCCUCCGAGCCUCAGUCUCAACCCGAUCUUCCCAUUCAAGAUCCUCCUGAGGUCGAUGAGCAUGGUCGUUACGUGGAUCAGCGGGGUCAGUCUCGUGGAUACGAUGGAGGAUACGAUCAGGGUUACCGCCAGCCCGGUUCUAAUUCCGCACCGCAGCUGCAACAGCGUCAGGGCUGGCAAGAGCCACAGGGUCAGCAGCAGCAGCAAUACAUGGGCCCAAUUGGGCAACCAAGCGCUGUCCCAGGCUACAUGCAGCAAGGCGCGCACUUGAACACCGGAUCUGAGUCGUCCUUCGAGACUGCUCAGCAGCGAAGACAGUCUGGUGUUCCCUACCAGGCAGGCGGCUACGCCGAUUCCGACGGCUACGAAGCGGGUCAAUACAGUGGCAGAGGCAAUGGUCGAUCAGGCGUGCUGCAGAAGAAUAAGAGAUUCACGGACGCCUACAACCAAGACCAGUACCACGGCCACCAGGGCAGCAGUGGCGCGGCCAAGCGAGUUAUGGACUUCUUCCGAAGGCGUGGCAAGGCGAGAGGCGGCGAGGAGAGAUAG